AUGUUCCAACCAUGGAUACCAGCGUUGCGACCGCAGCAGCCCCACGUUUACCAUCCCUACGUCGAUCGGCGCUCCAGUGAUGAGUAUGAAGCAAAUCAAAUGACGACGGUAACAGGGGAAGAUGAAAAGUCAGCUUUGGGUCAGACAGAAGCAAUAUUGGUGGUGACGGAGAUGGAAUCGAAGGAAGAAGGAGGGACGGGUGAAGCAGAAAAUCAGCGCAAUGAGCGGGAGCGACGGCGGGUGCAACAGGUCAACGCAGCCUUCGCUCUACUAAGACAACAUCUACCUAUUCAAUCUGGCACUUAUGAGACUGCUGACUGGACGCGUCGGGUGACGACGCGAAAACGACGUAGUCAACGCACCUCUAAGGUGAAGAUAUUACGCGCUGCUAUUCGCUAUAUCAACGAACUGGCCGAAAUUUUAAAGGCACCAGAGGUGGUGGAAAGCGAACUGUUUGUAUGGUAA